CCGCUGGGCUCACAUCUGGCGGGGGGAGGGCUGCGCCUCGUCCCGCUCCUCCGCUGCCUCCUUCGCUUUCCAGAAAGUGCAUUUCCGCCCGGGCCGAGGCGGCGAAGGGGCUGCGGAGCGGGACGCAGCGGAUCGGCCGCGGCCCGGGGGUGGCGGGCGGCACCGGGGGAUGCGCUAGAGCAGGACAGGCAGCGCCGGGCGGGAGCGGUCCUGCCCCAGAGGGCACCGCUGCAGCAUGGAGGGGCUCUGGGCACCCGGUGUCCUGCUGCUGUCCUGCCUGCUGCUGCCCUCCCCGGCGGGGACCCAGCCCAACCCUGACCCACGUUUGCGGACAGACCCCGGGGAGGCACCGUCCCCGCACCACGAUGCCAGGGCCCCGCGGGAGCAGACGGCCGGCGGUGCCCAGGAGGGGCUGCCCCCCCAGCCCCGCUGCGUCCGCUGCUGCGAGCCGCCCGCCCAGCGCUUCUACCCCCCGUACCAGCCCCUGCCGCAGAUCAACAUGACCAUCCUGAAAGGCGAGAAGGGGGACCGUGGUGAGCGAGGCAUGCAGGGCAAAUUCGGCAAGACGGGGGUGGCCGGCAGCAGGGGACACGCGGGGCCCAAGGGACAGAAGGGCAGCGUGGGCGCCCCGGGGGAGAGCUGCAAGAGCCACUACGCUGCCUUCUCGGUGGGCCGCAAGAAACCCCUGCACAGCAACGACUACUACCAGACCCUCAUCUUCGACACGGAGUUUGUCAACCUCUACAACCACUUCAACAUGUUCACGGGCAAGUUUUACUGCUACGUCCCUGGGAUCUACUACUUCAGCCUCAACGUGCACACCUGGAACCAGAAGGAGACAUACCUGCACAUCAUGCGCAACGGCUCGGAGGUGGUGAUCCUCUACGCCCAGGUGAGCGACCGCAGCAUCAUGCAGAGCCAGAGCGUCAUGCUGGAGCUGCGGGAGCAGGACGAGGUCUGGGUGCGGCUCUACAAGGGCGAGCGCGAGAACGCCGUCUUCAGCGAUGAGUACGACACUUACAUCACCUUCAGCGGCCACCUCAUCAAGUACAGCGGGGACCCCUGAGCGCCUGCUCCCCCUCCCUGGGACGGGGGUUCUGGAGCCCCUGCUGCCCUCUCACCCGGUCACGCCAUCCGCCGUUAUGCUGUUAGCCCUUCUAUGUGCCACCCCCCAGCACCUGCAUAAGUGUGUGAACAGACCAUCCCCCGCUCCGCAAGGUGGACCAGAUGCACCUGGAGCAGUUGGAGCCAAUUCCAGCCUCUGCUGCAUUUGUGACCUGGGGGGCAGCCGCUUGCCUGGGGCGGGCAGGGAGCUCAUCCCCCCGCGCCGGCUCCAGAGCCAGGUUUGCUGGGGCUCAGGCACUGGUGGCACUGGAUGCGCACUGGCACCAGCUGAACGGGUUUGGCCGCCAGUGCCCCGAUGCGAGGCAGCACAGACACGUGCACCACGUUCCGCCCUUGCCCCGCUCGCACUGUGCUGUGCUCUGCCAGCUCCUUCUCCUGGAGAAGGGCAAAGGACACUCAGCAGGAAAGCCAGUGAAACCCCCCAGGGCCUCUCCUCCUCCUGCAGAGCUAGCUCCCAACAGCGCAGCAUUGCAGUGCGGUGUGGGUGCCCUCUGGGUGACACCCCCCCAAGCGCUUCCACGGGGGAGUGGGUUGCAUCAGUUCCCUACUGCAUGUCCCCAUCCCCGUCCCACCCGCUGCAGCCGCAGCUUGGUGCCGAUGCUGCCACAGCUUCGUGCCAGCGCUGCCGGGGGGGCUGGCUCCCCACUGCAGCCUUGUGUGCGGGGCCUUUGGCCUCAGCUGCUUCCCCUUCAGUUAUAUCUGCUGGCCAGGCUUUGUGUUUCUGUAGAUGCGAUGGCGGAGCAGGGCCCGGGACAGCGUGCUGUCCCCUGCUCUCUCUGUGCAGCUUGUGACCACAUUAAACACCCCACAGUAUUCUCCUGCUCA